GCGGGGAUCCCAGUCGGGCGGGGGAGGCGUCCUCAGUGGCGGUUCCUGAAGGGGCGGGCCUUCUCCGGGAAGAUGCCGUCCGCCUUCUCAGUCGACACCUUCCCCGUUAGCAUUCCCGCCGUCAUCACGCAGACAGACUGGACUGAACCGUGGCUGAUAGGACUCGUUGUCUUCCACGUCCUCUGCUUGCUCCUCACUUGUUUCUCCUUCCAAAGGUAUAAAGUACAGAUUGGACAUUUCCUAUGCCUAGUAAUUUUAGUCUAUUGUGCUGAAUAUAUUAAUGAAGUGGCUGCAAUGAACUGGAGGUUAUUUUCAAAAUACCAGUAUUUUGAUUCGAGGGGAAUGUUCAUUUCUCUAGUAUUUUCAACACCACUGUUGUUCAAUGCCAUGAUCAUUGUGAUUCUGUGGGUACAAAAGACUGUAAAUGCAAUGACCGACCUGAAGGCUUCACAAGAGAAAAGAAAGGGGAAGAAACGAAGAAGGAAGAAAUGACGUCACGACAGUUACUGUCAAUCCUCACGUUGGGUGUUUCUCCACCGUCACUCCCAACACUGAAGUGCACCUUGUCGGGCCCCUUCUUAGCAACUGAUCCACAGUUUGAAAAAAUGGUAGAUUCUUUUAUUGUAAUAUCUACGGUAAUAGAACACACACUGAAGUUGGUUUUUAAAGCCAACGCUCACCUGAUAAUCAGUAACGAGGUUCGUUAAACCUAGAUCUGUAUUUAGAAUGUUUGAAGUGUUUCUAAUUAAACUAUAUAGUCUGCGCAGAGCCCUUCAUUGCUUGCUAAGUAGUUCACAUCAUUUAUGUAAUUAGUACAUAUUAAUUAUAACAUCUUAAAUCAGUAUAAAAGUGUUAAGCGUAAAUAAUAAAUGAUGACUUUUUUUUUUUAAUUGUGCUUUAGGUGAAAGUGUCAAGCUAAGUUCAUUUCUCAUAUCACAGUUUAUACACAUACUGUUACGUAACAUUAGCUGCAGUCCCUGCAACGUGACUGCACAGUCCCGCUUUCCACCCUGGGUUUCUUGUGUCUGUUCAACCAGCUCCUUUCCCUUCCUGCCUUCUCAUCCUGCCUCCGGACAGCACCCAUUUGGUUUUGUGUAUCUGC